UCUGCAGCCGCCGUAGUCGGUAGUACCGUGUACACACUACACAUUCUGAAUUUCGAUUGUUAGUCAUUGUUGCCAUUGCGGUUUUCCUGUGAUCAAAAUCUGAAAUACUGUAAAUCUUGUGAAUAUCCGAUAGCCUUCUGCCAAGCCAUAAUGACGACCGCUGGUUAUUUCUGAAUUGUAGCCUAUUGGCAUAGUUUGCAUCUUUUAGAUCGAAUGAAUUGCGUUAUCAAGCACCGCCAUUUAUUGAUACCGUUCUAACUCGUUUCGACCAUUUUUACCUCGUCUUCGAUACAAUAAAACAUACAUAAAUAUACUACUACCGCUUUUUAAGGAAACGGAUUGUUAAACACCAAAUCUCCAAUUGUCUCUAGUGAUUCAUUUAUUUGACAACAUGUCAGACGACGACAUAUUGAAAGACAACUACAAUUUCGCCGAAGGUGAUGAUGUGUUUGUAUACUUUAAUGAUUUGCUGUAUGAAGCUAAAUGUAUGAAACGCCGCAAAACAGACUAUGGGGAGAAUCAAUACUUUAUUCAUUAUAAAGGAUGGAAAACAACUUGGGACGAAUGGAUAGAUGAAAAUGAAGUUUUAGAAAUGAGUUACACUAAUUAUGGUCACCAAGCUAGACUACAGAAGAAAUUUGAUGAAAAACGAGCACUCGAGGAAUCCAAAAAAAAAAAAAAAAUUGAUAAACCUAAAAAAACAAUCAGUGUUGGUUCCCUAAUGAAAAAAAGAGGCCGACCAAGAAAAACAGUAACUAAAAGAAAUAGUCCAUGUCCACUUUCUGUGAAGAAUAAAAAAAAACCUACUACCAGCUUAGCAGUUAAAACGUUAUCGCAAACAAACAAAAAUCUACAAAAAAGAGGCCAAUCAAAGAAAGCAGUACCAAAAAGUAACUCUAUCGAUAAAGAUGUCAAGGACAAAAUCAAAGUUACCAAUGAUGACACAAUUACAAAAAAUAUUCCUACUAGUAGUACUAUAACAAGUAGCAGUGAAGCAACAAAAAAUGUAAAAACAUAUACCAAUAAAGCUAAAAAAAUUACAAAUGAAGUAAUUCAAAAUAUAAAAGUAACUGAACCAAGCCAGUCCACAAAUAUUGAUUAUUCUAAUGAGUUUCAACCUGAAUAUGAACCAGUUCUUAAACGUCUUAAAACAUAUACUAAAAAUAAAUCUACAGAAAAGUUACAGGUUAAUGCCACUAACAUAUUUGAUGAUACUACAAAAAAUAUCGAAGAACAGGUUGCAGAAAAAGCUUUAAUUUCUGAACCAAGCCAACCCGUAAACAGUGAUUUUUGUAAAGUAUCUAAUGAUGCUACUACAAGUGAUUCAGUACAAACUCUAAUUACUGAACCAAGCCAACUCAUAAUUGAAGAUAAUACUACUAAAGAGAAUAUUGAUGAACAAGCUCUAAAAGAGGAAGCUGCUAUUCGUGCUUGUUCUAAUAUUUUCUUAGAAAUCAUUCCAUUUUCAGUGCGCCUUGGUGACAAAUUACAUCAAUCUAUGAUAUUACCAAAUAAAAUAAGAAAAGUGAUGAUGGAUGAUUGGUUGAUGCACAAUAGAUACAAAAAGAUACUUAAGUUUCAAGACGUUCAUUAUGUAGCAAACAUUGCACAUGCUUUCAUUGAAGAAUUAUAUAAAUCUGAAGAUGAUCGUCAGAAGCAAACUUCAAUGAUGGUGUCUGUAAAAUUAAUGGAGUGUUUUAACAAUAUUGUUCACACACAUAUAACAUACAAAAGUGAGAUAAAGAACGGUAUUCAGUUUAAGGCAAUGACCCAUUUUCGGAAAAGAUUAGUUGAUCAACCAAACACCACAUAUGUCUUUAAAGAACACAUAGUACCCAAAAAUUUGGUGUUAUGUGUAUGGUCCCAUGUAUCUAUUAAGAUUCCUUGUGAGAUUACCGUAUGUUAUAUUAACAACCCCAUGGAAUGUUCAAUGCCAUAUGGAUUUCUUUAUUAACUAUGUUAAUAAAAUGAUGCAAUUUCUGGAUGAUAAUGUCGAUACAUAUUUCUCUUCGAUUGAUUACGUGGAAUAAUAAAUGUAUAAAAAAAAUUGUAAAUUAUUUACGGACAAAAUAUUUUUAAUUUAGUUUAGUUAAUAAUACAAAAAAUGUAGUAAAAUAAUUUCAUAGCUUGUUAUUUAAGUAUUCUUUUGUAUAUAAUAUCUAUAAAUAUUUUUUUCAAUUCCUUGUUUAUGUUAAAUGAACAUAGCAUUGGUUAGUUAUUCUUAAGUAUUCCUAGUUAUUAAUUAAUACAAAAGAUUUUUAAGUAUUUAAUUGAUGUUUUUUUUUAAUGGUUUAAUAUUAUUUAUGAUUAAGUUUAUCAAUGGAAAUUAAACAUAAGAGAGUCUAUGAGGACCAUUUUUCUGUUAUCACAUAAGUAAUUGUUUUUUGAUAAAUCUAGAAAAAUAUUGUAAUUUUCUAGAAACAUUUAUUAUUAGGAAUAAGGUUGAUGCUUCCAUGCAAUGUUUAGUGGCAUUCCUCUUGGGAACAGUGCUAAGCAUCUGAUGAUGUUACUAAGAAAGUGUAACUUAAAGUAACCAAAUUUUUAUUCUUUAAAUUUAACUGACUUAUUGAUCUUUUAUUUGACUUAAAGUUUUAUGAUUAUUAUUUGUUGUAUAAUAUGUGAGAACUUUUUUUUUUAAUAACUUGUUAACUUGUGCAAUUGAUGUGUUAAUUGAUUUUCAAUUAUUGUAUAUGCAGCUGAUCUUUAAAUAUUAAAUUAAAUUAUAUUAAUAAAAAAGUUAAU